AAUUGUAUUAUUAUUGCGUGCGGGAUUAUUACUCCCAGUGUCAAAGCUCAAAUCCAUCGAAUCAUGCCACGUAUAGUUAAAAAUUUCGUUAAAAGAGUGAUAUUCUUUCGUCACCUUUCUAUUUGCUAUUAACGACAGGGUGCAACCGCCACCCCUCAACUCCCUUGUUAAUUAAUAAUACUGCAAUCCGUCGCAGUCAUGCUAUAACUCUUUCACAUUAUUAACAACCUGGAGUAAUGUGAAUAUUUUUCAACCAUGCGGUUCACGCGUGACACUCUCGCGCUGCCGAAGAGUCGGUCCAGCCGCGGAGCGCGUGUGCCAAGUGGGAUAGCAAUAGCUCGAGCAUUAUUCCGAUCGGGAAGUAUGAAUGAGAUAGCAUGAGUAAAGUAAUUACGAAGGUAUGCGGUUUAAUUACUCCGCUCACAGAGAUGAUAGGAGAAAGGCGAAGGAAGCAUUCAAACGCUAAUCACCCUGGCUACCUCUUGACCGAAGUUUAUAAUAAUCCGAACAAAAAUUAGAAACCAUAAAAUUUCAAAAAUAAUAGCUAUUUGUCGCGGAAUUUUCCAUGGAUUUGAGCUUCCCUACACCCGCGUACCUCUAGGACCCCCUAGUUUUGGGGUAUAUAAGGAGCGCGAGAUCCUCAGGAAGCAGCAUUCUCGCUCAUAUAACGAGUCGCGCUGCCAGUAGGCAUAGACGUUACUCUGCAGGAAGAAAGUGCUAUCCGUGUAAUAAUUAUUAGCCUUCGUGCUCUUACAAAUAAGACUACUACCAAGUAUACGACAUUGUGACCAUUAAAUUCUUGAUAGAAUUUAACAAGAACCGAACAGUGCGUAAGUAACAUCUCCCUUAUCUACAAAACGCCGUAAAAUUCAUUCUUAUAAAUUAUCAAAUGUAAGCUCACUCUACUUUAUUUAAAACAAAGUUUUUUUUUUGUAUAUUCAAUAUAAUUCUUUAACAAAAAUUAUAAUAAAAAUUAUACUUAGUAACUAAAAAGAAAUUUCUUACUUGUAUUAUUAAAUUAAGUGGGGCAAAAAUACGGGGCAAACCAUCCUCGGUGCUCCCUAAAAUAUUCUGAAGCGAAAACAGCGACUUCCCUGAAUCCUCAUUUUGGAAGCAGGGCGCUACGAUUCAGGCGCCUGCUUCCUCCCUGAACUUCAAGCCAGGGGCGCCUACCAGGGCGCUUAAGUAAGGAGGUGUCCAGGGGACAACGGGCGCCUAUUAAGGCGCUUUUUACCCCCUACGUCGUCCCUCCACCUAACUGUGCACCACAGGGCAGCCCAUAGGGCGCUCUCCGUCACAAACGCCCCCAUCUUUCCUUGGCGUGGGAUUUGUUGUGCCCUCCCUGGGCGCUUCCCCCUCACGCUCUCUACACCUUGUCGCAAAAUUGUACGCUCUUCCUCUCAUUAGCAUCCGAACAGUACCCACAAAAGAAAAGAGGUACUCUCCUUUUUUUUUCUAUUAUUUUUGGCCUAAAUUCAUUUCCUAAAAAGCACCACUAAGAACCGCGUCGUUCACGUGGCAGGCAGUAACUACGCGAACAAUAACAAUAACUAUCAUUGAUCUCUCUCUGUCUCUCUAUCUCUCUCUCUCUCUCUGUUCACAUACUCUUGGUCCGCGUCCGUGUGAAACCGAACAAGAUGGGUAAGAAUAGAAUCCGAGUUGAUCUCUGGCUUACACUCCGUGGGAUGGUACGGGCUGCCCACUAGGGCGCUUAUCCCCCACACUCCCCUUCCUACUCCAUGGGCAAUGGGCUCGCCUAUUUGGGCGCUUUAUCCCCACGAAUUCAUACUUUUACAAAACUAGGCAGAUUGACUCGGUUUCUCAUCUAAAUUACGCCGAUUAAAAUAUUUCUUAAAAACUAAAAGAAAGGGAAAUAAAUAUUAACAAAGAGAAAGAGAGGAACAUUACACAAAUUACAUGACUCUUACCACACUCGCUUAUUAAAAAAUUUACCUGCCUGACACGUGUCUUUUAUAUAAUCAUGGGCUCUUUUAAUAAAAUCGGUUUACAACCAAACAGUGCGACAUCAUGCCACGGUCUCGCCGAGGGGGAAGGAAGCGGCAGAUCAAGCGGUUAAAAUGGCGUCUCAUCGAGGCUGGAACGUUCGAUCCUCGCAUCUUUGAUCGACCUCCGCCCCCCGACGCCUCCCCGAGACGCCACGGAUCACCGGGCCCGUUUGAGCUGCCGCCUCCACAGCCUACCCCCUGCACCCGACUAGUGGCCCCGGCACCACCCUGCCAUAACGCACCACCACCAAACCUCGCUCCCUUCAGACGCCCGCCGCCCCGGCUACCCCCAGAGACCGACACCGCCCCUAUACGAGCUCCCACGCGUCCCGCAAAGGUGGACCGCCAGGCCCGUCCACCCCUGCGGCAAGGCCCCCGCAUAACAAGCGACGAGGCCUUCGUCGGGUCGCUCCCGAAAUUCGCCUUAUCCGGCAAGGCGACCCCUCGAUUCAUAGAAGCUUAUAAAAGGCUUCUCAAGCCCCUCGAAGGAGCAUCACCUCUUAAAAGAAGAAAACAAGCGGGAGAACAAUAAUAAAAAUAAUAAAAGAAAA